AUGUCGCGCCGGGCCCUUCGGAGGCUGCGAGGGAAACAGCGCGGCCAGGAGCCUCUUGGCCCCGGCGCCCUGCAGUUUGUCCUCCGGGAAGAUGAUGACGCAGAAGAAGAAGGGCUAAAACAGGAACCGGCUGGUCGCCGCCCCCGGGACACAGGGAAGGAGGGCGUAUGCGUCAACAACCGGUUCGAGUUGAUCAACACUGAGGAACUGGAGGAGGAGCCUGUGGUGAAUGGGGACAAGUUGGACUGCGUGCCCACAGACAGAGGGAGAGCCAGUCAUGGGAGAACAGAGACCAAGACGGAUGGAGAUGGGGCUGGCAAGUCAGCAGCCUCUGAGCAGUCAAAUUCAAGCUGCAAACUCCGCAAGAAGAGAAAGCAGCAGAAGAGUAGGAAGAAGGUGACAGGAGAGGCUCCGGAAAAUGGGCAGGAAGAUAUUGACCACAUCUUAGAGCGAAUUGAGGACAACUGUGGGGUUGCUCGGCCAGGCCCACCGCCCCUGGGCUCCCGCAAGCAUGUGCUGCAUGUGGAACACAGACACUUGAAUCCAGACACAGAAUUGAAGAGGUACUUUGGUGCUCGGGCCAUCCUGGGAGAACAGAGGCCUCGCCAAAGACAGCGCAUGUAUCCCAAGUCCAUGUGGCUGACGAACCCCAAGAGCACCUGGCCUCGGUACUCCAAACCAGGACUUUCGAUGCGGCUGCUGGAGACGAAGAAAGGAGGCUCCACGUUUGCUUUUGAGCACAGCGAGGAGUAUCAGCAGGUGCAGCACAGGUUCCUGAUGGCUGUGGAGUCGAUGGAGCCCAACAACAUCGUGGUCCUGCUCCAGACGACUCCCUACCACGUCGACUCACUCCUGCAGCUCAGCGAUGCCUGUCGGCUUCAAGAGGACCAGGAGAUGGCCCGAGACCUUAUAGAGAGGGCACUGUACAGCAUGGAGUAUGCCUUCCACCCCCUCUUCAGCCUCACCAGCGGGACCUGCCGGCUGGAUUACCGCAGACCUGAGAACAGGAGCUUCUACCUGGCGCUGUACAAGCAGAUGACCUUCCUGGAAAAGAGAGGCUGCCCACGCACAGCCUUGGAGUACUGCAAGCUCAUCCUGAGCCUGGAGCCGGACGAAGACCCCCUGUGCAUGCUGCUGAUGGUGGAUCACCUGGCUCUGCGGGCCCGCAACUACGAGUAUCUGAUCUGCCUCUUCCAGGAAUGGGAGGCGCAUCGUAAUCUGUCCCAGCUCCCAAAUUUUGCCUUCUCCGUGCCAUUGGCAUACUUCCUAUUGAGUCAGCAAAUCAACCGCCCGCAGCAUGAGCUCAGCUCUGCCAGGGAGAAGGCCUCCUUCCUGAUCCGGCAGGCGCUCACCAUGUUCCCUGGAGUCCUCAUGCCCCUGCUGGAGUAUUGCAGCGUGCGACCCGACUCCACCAUCGCCAGCCACCACUUCUUCGGACCCAAUGCCCAGAUCAGUCAGUCGCCUGCCCUGAGCCAGCUGGUGAGCCUGUACCUCGGAAGGUCGCACUUCCUGUGGAAAGAAGCUGCCAUCAUGGGCUGGCUGGAGGAGAAUGUCCGUGAAGUGGUGCGGGCCGUGGACUCCGGGGACCCAGCCGUGGGAGCCUGCGAAAGCCGGCGGAGGGUACUCUACCAGCGUGCACCCAGGAACAUCCACCGCCACGUGGUCCUCUCUGAAGUCAAGGAGGCCAUUGCCACCCUGCCACCGGACGUGACCACACAGUCUGUGAUGGGCUUUGAUCCUCUGCCUCCUGCAGACACCAUCUACUCCUACGUCAGACCUGAGAGGCAAACUCCUGUCGGCCAAGCGAACACAGUGGCCCUUUUCUUCCGAUCAUUGUUGCCAAAUUACACCACAGAGGGGCAGCUGGAGGAAGAAGGUGGAGGCAUAGCUGAUGGCCUGGACCGAGUCCAAGGCCUCAACAGGCUGAUGAUAGCAGUACGUGAAAUGAUGGCCAACUUCCAGUUCAACGACCUGGACCUGUUGCACCGGGAGAAUCCUGAGGACCUGGACAAUCCCGAGGGCCUCGGCCAGGGGGAGGGGGAGGACGAGGACCAGGGGGAGGGGGAAUGGGACUGA